UGAUUGUUAGCAACAUUAAAAAUAAACUAAAUGUUCUUUAUUUAAAAACUAUGACAUUAUUGAUUUUUGUUACUAUAGAAACACUCUUCAUAAUACCUUCGAAAUGUAACGUGCUUCCAUUUAUUUCAGCUGAAAUAAAUAUUUAUUUUCCCUAGUACAUCUUUUAACUAUAAAUACCUACAGUCCACUCAGCUCCAUCUGACCAUGGCUCCGACAUAUGGUCCUUCAACGGAAAAGAUCAGCGCCGAAGAUGGAAUCACGCAGUAAAUUACAUUGAAGGUCAGAAAUCAUUCUUUAUCUCGUCGACUUGAAUGAAAAGCCGAGCGGCGCUAUAUAAAAGGAUAAAGAAUGCAGUAAUACAUUUUUUUUCUCGCCGACGGCGCAAUUAAAGAAGAAUAAUUGUAAUAUAUCGUUUUUUCUUUCGUCGUCUUGCAAGGCUGAGCGGCGCAAUACGAAGAAAAACGCAAGAUUCAUAUAACGCAAUGAUGCACCAACUAGCGCUAUCAUGAAAGCGCGUGCAAGCAACAUUUAAAUCGUUUCGUCUACAUUGUGGUCAACGUGCAAUCUUGAACGCAUCCCUUCGUGCUUGUGCGGGCGGCAGCAUUGCGCAGUCAUCGAGUGCGACUAGCUCCUCGACCAAUCGCAGCGCCGUACGUGAACGCCGAGAACGCAACACACUGCGCUUCAACUCACAGCCACUGACGUGACGACGCCAUUAUCCGUUUCGUGUUUGAACUAUUUAAUUUCUUUACCGAAAAACAUAUUUAGUAAAUUAGUCGUGUAUUGGUGUAUUCCAGUAGUGUGAAAUUGUAAUAUUUAAGUGUAUUAGUGAUUGUUUAAGGCAUUUUAUACAAAAUUGUAAUCGUAAAAAUGUCAGAGGCUGAACAGAAAGAAGCCAUAGCGGCGCGAGGUCGCGCUAAAGCCUCUAUCACGCGCUUGAAAAACAGCCUUGACCGCGAAGCGCUCAUAAAUUCACCGAUAGAAUUAGUUACAGUAAAAAGGGCUAGACUUUUGGAUGCCUUUUCUGACUAUGAACGCCUUACUAGCAAGGUUGCCUCGCUUUUUUCUUCCCCACCAGCUACCCUCGCCAGCGAUGACGAGGAGGUGGAAGAUAACUACAUUUUGUUGGUAGCGCAGCUAGAUAGCAUCAUAAAUGUUAUCCGCCAAAGGGACAAUCCUCAAGUGAACGCCACAAGUAGCAGCGCAACUGGCGUAAGUGUAAAGUCGGAGAACCUCAAACUGCCUCGGAUCGUGAUAAAAACAUUCACAGUUGUAAAACAGCAUCUUGCUGCUCUGCGAAACUUGGGUGAGCCUGUAGACAAGUGGGAUGCCAUAAUCAUUUGCAUCCUAUCUAAGAAGAUCGACCUGCCUACCUACAGAGCAUUUCAACUGGAGCGAAAUAACAAUGAGUCACCCACGGUAAAGGAAUUCCUAGGAUACGUGGAAAAACGUGCCCUAGCAUUCGAGAACACUGACGUACAGAAGGGGCCGUCGCAGAGCUUUGUCAGUCAUUCUAUAACUGCACAAGCAAAGCCGUCAGCGCAUCAGCCUCAGCUGCAAUGUUUAUAUUAUUCUCCUGACACAGCCGGAGUCCAAUAAUGGAAACCUAGCAACCCUCCAGCCUACAGUGACUGCAGGCAGUGCAAGUACUUUAGCACCGAGCAUUACAACCUCGAGUGCUGCAACUACGAGUACUUCAAUAGCAUGUGCCGCUACAUCACAAGGACCUACGCUUGUGCAGACAGCAUUUGGCGUAAUCAUUGCCGGCCGCACGCAGCUACCUGCAAGAAAUUCUGAUCAGGUCACAUCUUUGUUUUGUAGUAAAUGCAAUGACAAUUUAAGCGAACAGUUAAGUGCAUUUUGGGAAACUGAAAAAGUACCUGAAAUUUUUCCAGAAAAAUUACCAGAGCAAGAUUACUGUGAAAAGCUUUUUAGGGAAACCACAAAGCUAGUGGAUAAUAAAUAUGAGGUCUCACUGCCCACCAAGGUCCCUUUAGAGCAAAUCAACUCUGAGUUAGGGGAAUCUUUUCACUUAGCACUCAAUAGGUUUCUUAAUCUAGAAAAGAGGUUACACAUGCCAAAAAAUCAAGCUCUUUUCACUGAAUACAAAAAAUUUAUAGAUCAAUAUGUUGAUUUAAAUCAUGGAGAAUACAUUGACAUAAAUAAAUAUGAUUUAACUAGAUCCUGUGAACUUUGUCCCUCAUCACCCCGUGAUUCGCUUAGAAGCACGGACUACAAAGCUCCGUUGUGUUUUUGACGCUUCAAUGCGCACAAAUAAGAAAGUUUCUUUGAAUGAUAUGCUUCUAAAUGGCCCUGUGGUGCAGAGAGAUCUGUUUGACAUACUAAUAUUGUUCAGAGCUGACAAACUCUUUUUUAUUUGUGACAUAAAAUCAAUGUUCCGCUGUGUUAAUUUAAAUCCAGCUCAACGAUCACUACAAAACAUUCUUUGGCGAGAGUCCAAAAAUAAUGACAUAAGGUGUAUUCAACUUAACACGGUAACUUAGGGCAUGAAACCAAGUUCCUGGUUAGCCACAAAAUGUCUUAGUGAUCUUGCAGAAAGAAAUGAACAUUCUAUGCCAUUGGCAGCGUCAGCUAUAAGAAACAACACAUAUGUUGACGAUAUUCUAGUAUCUUGCAGCUCUGAACAAGAACUAGCACAAACGCAAUCACAGUUGGUCAAUAUGCUCAAUCUGGGAAGUUUUCACUUGCACAAAUGGGCCUCGAAUUGCAUGCCAGUCUUAGAGAGUGUACCCAAAGAAAGUCACUACUUAGGAGAAGUAGAUCUCCAAAAAGAUCAUGCCUUUGUGAAGACGCUAGGCAUUCACCUAGAUGUCAAGUCUGAUGUCUUCAAAAGCACACGCCCUGAGCCAUACAAUAGUUCAAACGAUUGUAAACGCGACAUUUUGAGCUAUAUAAGCAAAUUUUACGAUCCAUUAGGUCUAAUAGGUCCUGUUUACGUUCGCGCAAAGGUUAUUAUGCAAAUGUUAUGGGCAGCUCAUGAUCUGAAUUGGGAUUCCACUCCUCCAGAUAACAUUCGUAAAGUAUGGACUGACUUUAUUGAUGAUCUCUCUCUGAUGGAGCCAGUAGUCAUACCGCGUUGUGUCAAGUCAGAGCAAACAGUGGCCAAUCAGCUGAUUGGAUUCGCUGAUGCCUCGUCAGUGGCCUAUGGCUGCUGUUUGUACUUGCGCACAAUAGAUGAGCAUGAUAAUGUACGUACUGAGCUAUUAUGUUCAAAGUCUCGAAUUAGUCCAUGUAAGAAAUUACUUAGUACUGCAAGACUUGAAUUGAAUGCUAGCUUGCUCUUAUCUGGUCUAGUAAAACGGGUUCAUGACACUCUGACAAUAAAAUUAGACAUUCAUGAAAUCCAUCUCUUCUCUGACAGUCAAAUAGUGCUGGCAUGGCUAAAGACAGACGUUGCAAAAUUGUUGACAUACGUCGCAAAUAGGGUCCGAGCCAUCAAAGAGUUGACAGAUGGCUAUCAUUGGCAUUAUGUGAACACUAAUGACAAUGCGGCGGAUUGCCUCAGCAGGGGUCUCUUGCCUCAAGAUAUCGCAGGCCACGCCAUAUGGUGGCGGGGCCCGAUAUUCCUGCAUAAUAAAAAUUAUAUUUUUUCAGAAGAAUCACCCAUGCCUACCGAUUUGCCAGAACUGAAACCUGAUCAUACUAGUGCUCUGUGCCUUACAACCACGACGCACGACCCUGAUCUCUUUCAAAUAAUAAAAAAGUUCUCUACUAUAGCGAAAAUGACUCGUGUUCUUGCAUAUAUCCUUAGGUUUUGCAAUAAUGUUAAACCAACUUCUGAGAAUCUUAAAGGCUUCUUAACUAUAGUCGAACUCAACAAGGCCCUCAUGUUAAUAGUUAAACAUGAGCAAGCUCAAUUCUUUUCAGAUGACUUAAGUAUGUUACGAUCUGGCAAGCAGCUUAAAGGUAAUUUAAAACCACUAACUCCCUUCCUUGAUGGCGAAGGCAUCAUACGAGUUGGUGGUCGAUUGCAAAAUGCAUUGCUUCCUUAUGCUGCACAGCAUCCGGCAAUAUUGCCAAAACAGUCGCCUAUAACAAACUUGCUUAUAAGAAAUGAACAUAUAUGUUUACUACAUGCAGGACAAAAGUUAGUCUUGUGUUCUCUAAGGCAAAGGUUCUGGAUAGUAGAUGGUUUACGUACUGUAAAAAAGAUUAUACAUAAGUGUAUAAUAUGUUUCAGACUGAAGGCGACUGCAGCAGCUCAGCUGAUGGGUUCGUUGCCUGCAGCACGCGUCACUGCCUCGCGCGUGUUCCAGAGGGUAGGCCUCGACUUCGCUGGGCCGGUCUCAGUCAAGAAUAGCCGCAUCAGAAAACCAGUAAUUGGAAAGGGAUACAUAGCUCUGUUCGUAUGUUUCACUACCAAGGCUAUACAUCUUGAGCUCUGUAGUGAUUUAACGACCGAGUGCUUUCUCGCUUGCUUCAAACGCUUCAUAGCGCGUCGUAACCUGCCCAGCGAGGUCUUUUGUGAUAAUGCAUCUACAUUCAAGGGUGCAAGGAAUAAAUUAGCCGAGUUGUAUCGCCUGCAUGCUUCUCAAACCCAUAAACAAACUGUGACCUCAUUCGCAGCUCAAAAGGGCAUACAAUUUCAUUUUAUUCCUAGCUAUAGUCCGGUGUUUGGCGGUAUAUGGGAAAGCGGAGUGAAGAGUGCGAAGCACCACCUUAAACGUGUCGUAGGUAAAAGUCUCCUCACCUAGGAACAGCUUAAUUCCGUGCUUGUUGAGAUAGAGGGCGUACUUAAUGCCCGGCCCAUUACAGCGGUAAGCAAUGAUCCAGAAGACUUUUCAUAUCUCUCUCCAGGACAUUUCCUUACUGGUGCUCCUCUAAAUACUUACCCAGAACAAGAUGUAAGUAAUAAACCCACUAAUUUGCUUAGGUUCUGGUCUACCAUAACCUGUAUGAAGCAAACCUUCUGGAAGUAUUGGAGUAAGCAUUAUUUAAAUCAAUUACAAAACCGACCUAAAUGGCAAUCGGUUACGCCAAAUGUAGCUAUUGAUAGUUUAGUCAUACUGCGUAGCGACAAUUCACCUCCUCUCGAGUGGCCCAUGGCGAGGGUAACUAACUUGUUUCCAGGAAAGGACGGUAUAGUACGCGCAGUCGAAGUACGCUUGGCAAAUGGUCAUACUCAUAAUAGGUCAAUCACAAAAAUAUGUGUACUGCCUAUAGAUUUAUAAACUAUUAUGAAGGUAUACAUAUGUAUUUAUUUUUAGUGUAAACAAAGAGCUUUUGUUUACAUCUACUAAGCUAUGGGUUGAUUUAUAUGCGCUCG